CAGCGCCGCCCGGAGCCCCCCCGGCCCGCGGCCGCCAUGCCGAGCACGAAGCAGACGCGGCUGCUGCACCUCGACGAGAUGGAGAGGCUGGACAAGACCCUCUUCAGGCUGGAGCAAGGUUUUGAACUGCAGUUUCGACUGGGCCCAACUCUUCAAGGCAAGCAUGUUACUGUGUACACUAACUAUCCAGCUUCUGGAGAAGUAUUCGAUCGGCGCAAGUUCAGGACAUUAUCAUGGCACAAUCCUACAGGAAAAGAAGAUGACUCUGACAAAUAUUGCAAACUGGAUCUCCAGAUUUCUGGGUCCUAUCAGUAUUAUUUCAGUCUUGGAAAUGAGAAAAGCGGUGGAGGUUACAUAGUUGUGGAUCCUAUUUUACGUGUUGGAGCUGAUAAUCAUGUGCUACCUUUGGAUUGUGUCACACUCCAGACAUUCCUUGCUAAGUGUUUGGGGCCGUUUCAUGAAUGGGAAGAAAGGCUUAAAGUUGCGAAAGAAACAGGUUACAAUAUGAUUCAUUUUACACCACUUCAGAAACUUGGACUGUCUAGAUCAUGUUAUUCAUUGGCGGAUCAAUUAGAAGUAAACUCCGAAUUUUCAAGCCAUAAUAAAAAGUGCACUUGGAGCGAUAUAGGGGCUCUUGUGGAAAAAAUGAAAAAUGAAUGGAAUAUGCUUUGCAUCACAGAUGUAGUCUACAAUCAUACUGCUGCUAACAGUGAAUGGCUCAGGAUGCAUCCAGAAUGUGGCUACAACCUUGUAAAUUCUCCUCACCUGAAGCCAGCCUGGGUCUUAGAUAGAGCUCUCUGGCACUUGAGUUGUAUGGUGGCUGGAGGAAAGUGUAUUGACAAAGGAGUCCCUCCUUUAAUUGAAAAUGAUCAUCACCUGAAUUGUAUCCGUAAAAUUAUCUGGGAAGAUAUAUAUCCAAAAAUUAGGCUGUGGGAAUUUUUCCAAGUGGAUGUUAACAAAGCAGUUCAGCAGUUUAAAACCCUUCUAACUCAAGGCAAAAUGAGCACUAAAUCUGAUCCACAUCAGCAUCUUAAAAUAAUUCAGGAUCCUAAUUAUAAGCGACUUGGCUGUACUGUAGAUAUGGAUAUAGCACUGGCAACUUUCAUCCCACACAGCAACGGACCAGCUGCAAUAGAAGAGUGUUGUAACUGGUUUCGCAAGAGAAUUGAAGAACUGAAUGCUGAACAAUACAGACAAAUUAAUCACCAUCAAGAGCAGGCUAUCAACUGCCUUGUGGGUACUGUCGUUUAUGAACGAAUGGCUGGUCAUGGUCCUAAACUGGGUCCUGUUACUAGAAAAUACCCUUUAGUUACCAGAUAUUUUACUUACCCAUUCAAAGAGCUGACUGUGGAGGAAGAGGAAACUAUGAUACAUCAGCCAGAUAAGGCUUGUUAUUUCAUGGCCCAUAAUGGCUGGGUAAUGGGAGAUGAUCCUCUUAAAAACUUUGCUGAACCAGGCUCUAAUGUUUAYCUGAGGAGGGAGCUUAUUUGUUGGGGAGACAGUGUGAAACUGCGUUAUGGUGAAAAACCAGAAGAUUGUCCUUACCUCUGGGCACAUAUGAAAAAGUACACUGAAAUUACUGCUAAGCAUUUCCAUGGUGUUCGUCUUGACAACUGUCACUCAACACCUAUUCAUGUAGCUGAGUACAUGCUGGACACAGCUAGAAAAUUGCGAGCUGAUUUGUAUGUAGUGGCUGAGCUGUUCACGGGAAGUGAGGAGCUGGACAAUAUCUUUGUGAAUAGUCUGGGCAUUGCCUCCUUAAUAAGAGAGGCCAUGACUGCUUAUAACAGCCAUGAAGAGGGGAGAUUAGUUUAUCGUUUUGGAGGUGAACCGGUUGGCUCUUUUGUUCAGCCACGUUUGAGACCUCUGAUGCCAGCUAUUGCUCAUGCACUGUUCAUGGAUAUCACGCAUGAUAAUGAGUGUCCAAUUCAGCAUCGUUCUGCAUAUGAUGCUCUUCCUAGUGCAAUGAUUGUUUCCAUGGCGUGCUGUGCUACAGGAAGCACUAAAGGCUAUGAUGAAUUAGUGCCACACCAGAUUUCUGUAGUAUCUGAAGAGAGGUUUUAUUCCAAGUGGAAUCCAUCAGCACACCUGAGUUCUGGCGAAGUUAAUUUUGAAACAGGAAUUUUGGCAGGAAGGUUGGCUAUAAACAGGCUGCAUCAGGAGCUGGGGGCUAAAGGCUUUAAUCAGGUGUAUGUGGAUCAAGUUGAUGAAGAUAUAGUGGCUGUGACAAGACAUUGUCCUAACACGCACCAGUCUGUUGUGGCUGUGAGUCGGACUGCUUUCAGAGAUCCUAAAACUUCCUUCUACAGUAAAGAAGUACCUGAAAUGUGUAUCCCAGGAAAAAUUGAAGAAGUCGUAUUUGAGGCUAGAGUUGUUGAAAGAUACGUUAAUCCYUACAAAAAAGAUGAACAUUUUAUAAAUGGAUUGCCCAAUUUCACAGUGGAACUCAGAGAACAUAUCCAGAUUAAAGACAGUAAAAUUAUAAAGCAAGCUGGAACUGCCAUAAAAGGGCCGAAUGAAUAUGUCCAAGAAAUAGAAUUUGAAAACUUAACCCCAGGAAGUGUAAUAGUGUUCAGAGUUAGUCUUGACCCAAAGGCACAAGAGGCUGUUGGUGUACUCCGCAAUCAUCUGAUCCAGUUCAGUCCUCAUUUUAAAUCUGGAAGUCUUCCUGAUGAUCAGUCAGCACCAAUAUUAGCAACUCUGUUUUCUUCUAUUGCAUCUAAGCUAACUCUGGCUGACCUAAAUCAAGUGCUAUAUAGAUGCGAGGCAGAAGAACAAGAAGAUGGUGGUGGUUGUUACAACAUUCCAAACUGGUCACCGCUCAAGUAUGCAGGUCUCCAAGGGUUAAUGUCAGUGAUGGCAGACAUUAGACCAAAGAAUGAUUUGGGUCAUCCAUUUUGUGAUAAUUUAAGAUCUGGAGACUGGAUGAUUGACUAUGUCAGCAAUCGUUUGAUUUCGCGUGCAGGAGCCUGUGCAGAAGUUGGUGAGUGGUUGCAGGCCAUGUUUGUCUACUUGAAGAGAAUUCCACGUUACCUUAUCCCCUGUUACUUUGAUGCCAUAUUAGUGGGUGCAUACACUACGCUUUUGGAUGUAGCAUGGCAUCAGAUGUCCAGCUUUGUGCAGAAUGGAUCAACGUUUGUUAAACACCUUUCACUGGGUUCAAUCCAGAUGUGUGGGAUAGGAAGAUACCCUUGCCUGCCAGUUCUCUCGCCUUCCUUGCCUGAUGUUCCCUAUAGGCUGAAUGCGAUUACAAAUGAGAAGGAACAAUGUUGUGUUUCCUUGGCAGCUGGCUUACCUCACUUUUCUUCUGGAAUUUUUCGCUCUUGGGGAAGGGAUACCUUUAUUGCACUGAGAGGUCUAAUGUUAAUUACUGGACGUUAUCUAGAAGCAAGAAACAUAAUUUUAGCAUUUGGUGAGACUUUAAGACAUGGUCUUAUUCCCAAUCUUCUUGGUCAGGGAACACAUGCCAGAUUCAACUGUCGUGAUGCUGUAUGGUGGUGGCUUCAGUGUAUCCAAGAUUAUUGUAAAAUUGCUCCAAAUGGAUUAGACAUUCUCAAGUGUCCUGUUUCUAGGAUGUAUCCAAGAGAUGACUCUUCUCCUCAGCCUGCAGGCACUGUGGAUCAGCCACUUUAUGAAGUAAUACAGGAAGCAAUGCAACGACAUAUGGAAGGCAUAAAUUUCCGAGAAAGGAACGCUGGUCCACAGAUAGAUCAAAACAUGAGAGAUGAAGGUUUUAAUGUAGUUGCAGGUGUUGACCAUGAAACUGGCUUUGUCUUUGGAGGAAACCGGUUCAAUUGUGGCACCUGGAUGGAUAAAAUGGGAGAGAGUGAUAGAGCUCGUAACAAAGGAAUACCUGCUACUCCAAGAGAUGGCUCUGCUGUGGAAAUUGUUGGUCUUUGCAAGUCAACUGUUCGCUGGUUGCAAGAUUUAUUUAAGAAGAAUGUGUUUCCAUAUGAUGGAGUUACCAUAAGAAGACAUGGAAAGAAGGAGACUAUCACGUAUGAUGAGUGGAACAGAAAAAUUCAAGGACAUUUCGAAAGGUUGUUCUUUGUCUCUGAGAACCCAGCAGAUCCAAAUGAGAAGCAUCCAAAUCUUGUCCACAAACGUGGGAUUUAUAAAGACAGCUAUGGAGCUUCAAGUCCAUGGUGCGAUUACCAACUCAGGCCAAAUUUUACAAUAGCAAUGGUUGUGGCCCCUGAGCUGUUCACACCUCAGAAAGCUUGGAAGGCUCUGCAAAUAGCAGAAGAAAAGCUGCUUGGUCCAUUAGGCAUGAAAACUUUAGACCCUGAUGAUAUGGUUUACUGUGGAAUAUACGAUAAUGCUCUUGACAAUGACAACUACAAUGUAGCCAGAGGGUUUAAUUACCACCAAGGACCUGAAUGGGUGUGGCCUAUUGGAUACUUUCUUCGUGCCAAACUCUACUUCUCAAAGUUGAUUGGUCCAGAGAUCUAUGCAAAAACUGUACUUCUGAUUAAAAAUGUUCUUUCUCGCCACUAUGUUCAUCUUGAAAGAUCGUCCUGGAAGGGACUUCCGGAGCUGACGAAUGAAAAUGGCCAGUAUUGUCCUUUUAGCUGUGAGAGUCAGGCCUGGUCAAUUGCUGUUAUCCUUGAAGUCCUAUAUGACUUGUAAAAGCUGCUUUUGGUUGCUUUGAAACUUACACAGUUUUCUYUGUAUGGGACAUAAAUGAACUCUUGGAUCACACUGCAAUGGAAGUAUCCUGUUCUGCACAAUCACUGAAGUUGUGUACUAAGUUGUGUACUAAGUUUUAAAGGUGCUGAAUGCCAACAGCUCCUUGCAUUAGACCUGAGCAUUUUUGGUGGGGCUUGUGUUUUUUGAAAAGCUGGCCAUAACAAUAAAAAGCUGCAGCGCACACUUCAUGCAGGAACUUUUAGAAAAGAGAAUUUUAGGAAUAUGUAAAAGCUUACUUUGAGUUGCUUUGGUUUUUAGAGUUUCCAAAUUAAAAUCUUACRUGUAACAAGCAGGAUGUUUGUUUUCUAGCCUAAAAAUAUGAAAAACAGGUCUUUCAAACUAGCAAUGGUGGUGAUUUUUUUCCUUUGUCUCCUCAAAAGUAAAGCAAUAUUUUGCACACAUGCUUAAAGUGAAUGGACUAACCUGUAACUGUUUUCAAUAUGCUUUGUGCUAUAACAUCGUGGACUGAUGAGGGCAAAAUGUUUGUUGCUAAACUGUAUUGGGAGAGGUAACCAUAAAAAAGUUUUAAGAAUACAGUAUUAAAUUACCYUUACCAAGUUAUAUAUAAAAUUUUCAAUAACUUUAAAUUACUCUGGGAGUUAUAACCAUUGAGCAAUUAUAGGGUAAUAUCCCAUAUUCAUCCAUUUAUAAAUUUAUUUAAAUGUUGUGGACCAUGCAAUCAAAGUAUUUCUUCACUUAAUUUUGUUUUUUAUGAUGAGAGUAUCAGAAGGAACAUGUCCAUGUGCAUAUAGUAUGCAGCCUAUAUAUUACAGGAGGUCAGAGGUCCAGAAGCCAAUAUUCUUAGCUUAACUUCUAUUAAUUUAUCAAAGGCAUAUGAUCACCUCAGCCCUUUAUCCACAGCAAAAUCCUGACUCUCUUGAAGCAGGAGGAAAUAAUUCUCUCUAACUUCAGUGGGAAAAGGAAUUCUUUUACAUCCACAGUGAAGAGAUAAGGUUUGUAGGCAUUCUGAACUUAGAUGCCAAAAGUGCUUGUAGUUCUGCGGGAAUGGCAUUCAGGUAAAAUACUUAUGUUCUUUUAGUAUUUGGAUACAUAAAUGUCCGGAUCUGAUUGCAAUUCRUUGUUCCCAAACUGAAAGGUAGUUGGUGGGAGUGCAUUUGUAAUUCCAAAGCUCUAUCCAUUUGAAUCUACUAUCUUAGAGCAAUAAAUAAGGAAGAAAAGAAGGUUGAAAAAUAACUUUGAGUAUUGUGUUAAGGUGGGGUAGGAGAAGGUGGCAAAACUGGUAAUUCAUUUCUUAAUGUUAAACUGCAUAUGCUGAAAACAAAAACCUGACCUAUGUGUUACUGGUUUGCUAUAAUUACAAGCUAUGUACAUUUUAUUACAUUUUUUAAAAAUUAUUUUACCCUCUUUAAAGUGCAAUACAAGAGUGCUACCUUAUUCAGGGAAAUGUGUUUUGGAUACAUUUAAGGACAAGUCAAUAGAAUGAAGAUAGAACUGUAAGAAGUGGCCACGCAUAAUUUAUUUGAAGGAUUAAUGGUGAGCUUAAGUGUCUGAACUCUCUUGUUAAAGUGUUCAACACCUGAAAGUUACAGUUAACAGUGCAUAUUUCACCUCAGAUUUUGAGCUGCUAUAAUAGAUGGCUUGGGAAAUUUGCUUUCUUAUUUGACAGAAUGGAACAGAUAUACCAUUUGAUCAAGAACUUAACCUAAAUGUCAUCAUCAGGUUGUGGGGUAUUUGUAAUGCUUUUUGUGCAUUAAAAUAAAUGCUCUGAAUCUUUCCAAAUUUUUGAUCUUGAGGUUUAUGUCCCACUAUAUCACAGUUAUUGACUGUUUUCUUAAAUAUUUCUAGUUUCCUUUUUCAAGGUACAUUUUAUUGCUAAUAUGAUUUAGAAAUUGGGAAGAAUAUGGUAGAAGAAAAUUGUGCUUAUAUUUAAAAAUUACUUUAAAAAUGGAGCCAAAGAACUGUAACUAUUGAAAUAUUUUCCCUAGAUGUCCACUUAUAUGCACUGGCAGUAGUACCUACAUUAUUGAAAAAUAUCUGGGGCAAACUAUUAAAAUCUCCCUGCUUUAUCAUGGAUAAUUUUUGACACUGUGUAGUUGAUGCAGAGUAUAUAUUUGCCAUUGCUAGUUUAUUUUUCUACCUUAACAUUUAAAAAAAGAUCAUAUGUGUUUAUACAAAUUCAAGUUACCAAUUUUUUAAACAUCAGUAUGCCUGUGUUGCUUCUAUGCUGAUUAGCUACACUGCAUUUAUAAUGGAUGAAUGCUUGGUUGACUGUAGUAAUGAAGGUAAGAUUCAAGGUUCAGCUAUUGCAGAGUUUUUCUUUACCACAAACCUGUUCAAUACUUUUAGUCAAGCUUUACAAUUUUGAAACAGAAAGGGAGGAAAGCAGUGUUGAGAUUUAACAUUUUUCAGAGCUGAUACUCCUCUAGUAUCAUAUAUCCUAGAAAGAUUACUGCCUUUUGA